AUGGGUUGUAAAAAAUCCAAGCUGAAUGCCGGUCUGAAUGGAGGUGUGCUUGAUGGCAAGAACCGACAGCCAGUACGUCCCGACCAAACUGUAGAUUUGAAAGAUCACACCUGCAGUAAACCAAAUGCUAAAGUAAGUAGUAGUUUCAGGUGAAACAGUAUUUUAGUAAUCACUACAAAAAAUCCCUGUCCUGGAAACAACUGACAAAAUUGGUUAAAGUGCGUUGUUGAUGAAUCUUCGAAUAUUGACCAAAUUAUUCAUAUUUUUUAUUUAAAUGGACGAAAUAGCACACAUUUCUCUGUCUCUUUCACUAUCUCUUCACCUUAGAUUCAAACUAUUGUUCAUAGAUUAGCACAAUAAAACCAUAACAACAUUUUGGCAAACUACGGUUCAGAAGUUCUGAUAUGAAAUUAUAUCUUGAUACAGAGUAACUCACCUCCUGGAGGUCUCCUGCCUGGUCAGGUAUUCAUGAAUAUGGAAGGUAUGCUUGUUGCAUUUCUUUAUCGCACAUUGUUACAGUAAUGAUGCAGAGCAAAUAUUGUAUGAUCGUUCCAUUUCUUUUGCAGUGCAUUGUAAUAUUCCAAUAACAUUUGAUUGCAGAGAAGUGUGUUCCCACUCUCUCCCCCCCUCUUUUCUAACACAGAGCAAAGCGAGUCUGGUAAAAUAGCUAUUGCAAUAUACCCAUAUGAUGCAGUACAUGCAGACGAUUUGGGAUUCAAGAAGGGCGAAAGGCUUAAGGUUCUUGAAGAGUAAGUGCCUGUUCUCCAUAUUAUUACAUUUGAGUGUGUUGGAUUUUAUACAUAAACCAACCCAAUGUUGGACUAAGAGGAAUAUUGUUUUUGCAAGCAUUUUAUAUAAAGAUGAUUACAGUGUCAUCAUUGAAUAGAACACACUUAGAAAAAAAGGAGCUAUCUAGAACCUUCGGAUGUCCCCAUAGGAGAACCCUUUGAAGAACCCUUUUUGGUUCCAAUGAGAACCCUUUUGGGUUCCAUGUAGGACCCUUUAGUUAUACGUGGAACCCAAAAGGGUUCUCAUUGGAACCAAAAAGGGUUCUCCAAUGGGGACAGCUGAAGAACCCUUUUGGAACCCUUUUUUUCUAAGAGUAGCUUGUUGUUGUGUCCCUUCCUUCAUUGACAUCAUAUGAAUCGUAACUGUUUUCAGGCAUGGUGAAUGGUGGAAGGCUAGGUCUCUGACCACUAAGAAAGAAGGGUUCAUACCCUCCAAUUAUGUUGCCGAGGCCAACACCAUGGAGACAGAGGAGUGAGUGUCAUUAUCAUAAUGACUUUUACACAUUUCUCUCAGCACCAACAAGGCUUUCUAGUCACCGUUAAUAGAUGCACAUAGCUGUUAUUUCAUUCAUUUCAGGGGAAGAUUGGAUGUCUAAAAUGUGUCACUAUAAUAUUGUUUUCUGCGUAGAUGGUUUUUCAAGGAUAUUACAAGGAAGGACGCAGAGAGACAACUUUUGGCCCCUGCAAACAAAGCAGGAUCUUACCUCAUUCGUGAGAGUGAGACAUCAAAAGGUAAGGACCCACUGGAGAAACUAUGUCUCUCUAAUGAAAAUAACUUGUCCAUGAUUCCCAUACGUAAAAUAAUUUAUGCACGCAUGACUGUAAGUCAUUUUUUGAUAAAAGUAUCUGCUAAAUUGAAUAUAUUAUUAUUUUAUAUAUUAUUCACUGUAUUGUAUUUGGAUGUCUGAAUGUAUGAGUAUGAGUAUGAUUGUGAUUGUGUUUUUUCUCUUUAUCAGGAAGUUAUUCCAUGUCUAUCAGAGAUGUGGAUGCCCAGGGGACAGACGCUGUGAAACAUUAUAAGAUCCGCAUGCUGGAUAACGGAGGCUUCUACAUCUCUCCUAAAAUCACAUUUCCUGAUAUUGGCAGCAUGAUAAAACAUUAUUACAGUGAGUACCACUGUAUUUGAGCCCACCUGUAAUGUUGCACAAAUGUAAAUGUCUUGCUUGGUGACUUUACUUUGACUAUUUAUGACCUUAAAUUAAGACAUUUCAACUUCUCUAUAUACUAAAAGCACUCUGCUAUGUCUCAACAUCAGUUUGUGGUGUGAUUGUCAGUACAAUCAGAUGGUCUCUGUCGAAAGCUGGAGAAGCCGUGUGAUAAACCCAAAGCUCAGAAGCCAUGGGACAAAGAUGCCUGGGAGAUCUCCAAGGAGUCCAUCAAGAUG